CUGCCUCAGUUACUCCUUCCCCUUCCUCUCUUACCCUCUUUGUGUCCAUGCUGCUCUCUUCCUCACGAUCACUCGUCUUCUCUUCACACGUUUAGAGGAAGUCAUCCAUCCGUCCGCCAUCUCUCAAUCCUACAUCACCAAAGCAGAAGAUUUUGGAUUAUAGACAAGGAUAAAGACAGCAGUGUAGUGUAUCUGUGAGUGUGUGUGAGUGGAUGUGAGUGUGUGUGCACUCACCCUGAAAGGAAACACUCUCAGUCUUUUGAAUGGAUUAAAAGGGACAGAUUCAAACUGGAGCGGAAUAAACGUGUGAAAAAACGGAGACGGACUGGGAAAGAGUCCCUCCAUCCACAUCAUCCAAGAGAGAGAGCGAGUUCUCGCUCCAGCACCAGGACGAUGUCUCCAAAAGACAACAAACCCAAAAAACCACCGAAACACAGCAUGAGCUUACUGCCUUGCUUUUACUUUGUGGAGUUGCCCAUUGUUGCCUCCUCGAUGAUCUCUCUGUACUUCCUGGAGUUAACUGAUGUCCUCCAGCCGGUUAAAUCCGGUUUCCGUUGUUAUGACCAGUCACUGAGUAAACCGUAUGUGGAGACGGGAGAUGAGCUCAUCCCCCUGCUCAUGCUCCUGAGUCUUGCCUUCGCUGGGCCUGCUGCCUCGAUCAUGCUAGCUGAGGCUUUGAUGUACUGCACGCAGUCCAGAGUAAAGUUUAGUUCUGAAGGCAGCAUCAAUGCCAGUGGCUGCAGUUUUAACUCCUUCCUGCGCAGAACUGUGCGGUUUGUAGGUGUGCAUGUGUUUGGGUUAUGUUCUACAGCACUAGUGACAGAUGUGAUACAGCUGUGCACCGGUUAUCACACUCCCUUCUUCCUCACGGUCUGUAAACCUAACUACACUUUGCCUGGAGUCUCCUGUCACAAAGACCCCUACAUUACUCAGGACAUCUGUUCAGGACGAGACCAUUACGCAAUCCAGUCUGCUAGGAAAACUUUCCCGUCCCAGCAUGCAACACUCUCUGGUUUCUCAGCUGUCUACAUCUCUAUGUACUUUAACGCCACCAUCUCAGACAGCACCAAGCUCCUGAAGCCCGUGUUGGUGUUCAUCUUCGCUAUAGCAGCUGCUCUGGCGAGUCUUACACAGAUCACACAGUAUCGCAGCCACCCCAUCGACGUCUAUGUGGGAUUCGUCAUCGGAGCAGGAAUCGCUGUUUAUCUGGCCCUUUAUGCUGUUGGGAAUUUCAAACCCUCACUGGAAUCAUCUCCUCGGGUCCUGAAGAAGCCUCCUCCACCUCAGAAAGACGCUCUUCAUGCUUUAACACAGCGUGGCCAUGACUCUGUCUACCAGAAAACACACGCGUCCGAGAGCAACGACGAGCUGGCAGUGCCGGUGGAUGUAACUGGAAUAAACCGCAAAGUCCGGCGUGAGAAAGCCUCGAUGGGAAGUCUGAAACGAGCCAGCGCUGACGUGGAGCUCCUGGCACCAAGAAACCCCAUGGGGAAAGAGACCAUGCUCACUUUUAGCAACACACUUCCCAGAGCCAGUGCUAAUACAAACGGCAUGGAAGAACCCACACAGAGACACAUGACAUUCCAUGUACCCUCAUCCCAAAAGCUGGUGUCAGAGUGGAAGCAGAAGUCUCUGGAGAUGCGGACUCUGAGCUUGAGGGAGGACGGCCAACAGGGCAGCUCCAUUGACAUAGUAGAAGAAACAAAUGAAGAGUCCAAGGAGAACAUGGACAUGGACUUGACCACUUCCUUGUAUCCCGAUGUUCAGGCAGCAACAUCGGCAUCCACAAGAGUCUCUAUUCCUCAAAGACCUGGUGCACAACCCCUGGUUCACAUCCCAGAAGAAGCUUCAAAACCUCCACCUGUAUCUCCUAAAAGUGCCACAACACGAGCCAAAUGGCUUUCCAUGAUGGAAAAAGGUCCAGUCCCAGCAGCAACACCAGAGCCACCUCGCCUUCCAAAAAAACCACUGGUCAUGCAGGUCACAUCCACUCCAAAGUCUUCUGAGACAGCCUCGUCUUGUGCCACAUCAAGCAUUGCCUCAAGCACAGAGUCGCCGUAUUUCCGCCUGCCAUCCGAGAGAGAUUCAUGCAGCAUUGUCACCGUUGACGCCCACGCACCUCAUCAUCCUGUUGUUCGUCUGUCUUCAGUGAGCUCCAACACCUGGGAUUGGAGGAGCAGCACCAAUGGAAGCACAGAAGUCCAAGAAAGCAGUCGGACCAUGCCCAGGAUGGAGUACCGACCUGCUAAAACGGACUCAUUCGGCUCAGAACCGCCGCCACACCCAGAUUUGGUGCCAAAAUUCCACCGAAAACCUUUAAUACCCACCAAGGAGUGGGAUCCUGGACAGCCGCAUCCUGAACCAGAUCAUUUCUUCAAGAACUUGCAGAUAGACCAACAAUUUAAAGAUGCAAACCUUUAAAAGAAGCUGGUGAUGAGCCUCAAGACCAGAGUCUUAUAUGUGGGUCAUCUUAAAAGUGUACCAGCAAAUUAAAAAUCGGGCUUCAAAGGAGAGGAAUAUUUGAGAAAAUGUUUGUAUAGUUGAUGGAGUUAAGUGUGAAAUAGUCAUUCACACUUGAGAAAAGUUACACACCUACAGCAGAAAGUGAAGACAAAUACUGUAUGGUGGGUUUUAAUGAACAGAAGCUGGCAUUCAGUGAUGUCAUUUUUAUUGAGGAAGCAAAAACCUGGAAGAGAUGGAGAACCGAGGUCUCUUUUCUCUUGAAGGUGGGGUUUUUUGGGGAUGUGGGAACUGAGCUGAACUUUUCUGCACUUCACACAAUGUUCUAUAGCAGUGGAGUCCAAUCGUAUCUACGAGUGGAUGGUGUAAGUGUAGGUUAUUCAAACCAGGCAGAAGCCAUACCUGGGUCUACUGAGGAGUCUCCUCAAGAUGAAAUGAUUAAACAGGAGGAAUUAAACCUGGCUCCUGCUUGGUUGGUUUGAAGACCUGCACCUGCUCUGGGUCUUGUGGAUAAGAUCGGACUCAUCCGAUCUAUGGGAAUACAUUGUUCGUUUUAGGGAAAACAAAGACAAGAAAACAAGUGUUGUGUAUAAAAGCAGGUAAAAAUGAGACGAGCGUUUGGUCAAGCAGGAGACAGAGGUGUUUAAAAGAACAAAAUAUUGGCUGAGAUCUAAGAGCUUCUUUUAUUCACCAGCAGAAAGGGUUCAGUAUUAAACAUUGUGUCUUUGUGAGUCGAUGUUAAACCCAGAACCACCUGCUCAAGUCUUCUGACUUUGGAGGAUCUGGAAGUGAAGCCACAGUUUAAAGGCCUGAGUUUCCAUCUCUUGGGCCUUGUGGAGUUUGUUGUGAAUAUGUUGUGUGUUUUAAGUAUGAAUGCUUCGAUGCUGAUACUGGUGUCUGAUACCGGGAUUAUUUACUAUUUAUAAUACUAAAAUACUUCAGUACCAGCAUCUGAUGGAAGGUGAUGUGGUGUAAGGUAAUCUUACUGUACCAUGUGGUGCUAAUAAACUGCACAUGCUUUACGAUUAAUGAUCAAAGCAUCAAGUGAAGAACUGCAGCAUUUUUCUACAAGUGCUAAAAUAUCUUAAACCUAAAACUCAGCAAACAACGUAAACAUUAACGUAAAAUCUAACAUACCGUGACGUUUCGGUCGGAACUGCAUACGUUACCGAGGUCUUAACUGGGUUUUAUGGUGCAUGAGGAGAAAAAAGCUGCAGAUUGUCUGUUUUAGUUAAAAUUUAGAUACUAGAAAAGUUCACAUGCAAUGAAUUUGUUAGUGUUGUUGUACGUCACAUGUUCCUGAACGAAUACGGACAUGUUCCUAAACGUUUCUAGUGUCCUGUGUGUGUACUGUGAAACCUUGUGUAUACACACAGUAGAGUUUCUGUUUGAGUCGAUCUGACUGACAACUUUCUCACUUCCUGUCCAACUCUCAGUACUACAAUAACGAUUUGUAGAGUGUUAGAUCUGAAACUUUGUUCUAGUUCUAUUUAAUUAAAUCUUUUAUACAUGAAACUGUUCCUUAGAUAAAGUGCUGAUUUUUAGCCUCUCAGUUAGAGAGUUUAAAGUACCUACAAAACUGUCAGUCAUUCCAGAUUCACGUGUUGACUGGCACAUGGGAUGGGUUUAUAUUGGGGUGGUGUU